CUGGAUGCGAAUAAGUAGCAGCAGCAACAAGCAUGUCACCGUUUGAACGGCGCAAGUUCGCGCUGAUCCGGCAGGCUAGUACACCGUAGGUCCAACUCAGCCCCCAGCAGCAUUAAACCUGACCGGCCUCAUCCGGGAGACGUUGGUGUACUUUGUCCACACACACACACACACGCCCGUACAUACAUGGCUGGCUGGGUCUAGUUACUGUUGCAGACAAAAAGGCAAACGGACGGCAACUGAUAACUGAUAAAAGGGCGUGGCCCACCACCACCACCAUCAACCAUCCCCCCCCCCCACGGGACACGCUGAUAAGCACGAGCGUUUUAGGUAUUAGUCCUACACUACAUACAUACAUACGUACAGACACGCACGAGUUACUCGGUAACUGUUUGGUCGCCGGCGCCAUUCAUUCGGACCUCGAUUGGAGCUAGUCGCAUCAGGCGUUUGCCGCGACGCACCGCCAGACGCCGCUGCCGAUCAAUUAAUCCAUCCAUCCAUCCCCUCUCCGCUUCCUUCCCGCUUACUACUACUAUUACUAUUACUACGACGACGUCCGACGCACAGACGCUCACACACGUCUUGCUGCCGAAUCUCACCACUUUUUUCUCUUCCACGAUCCGAAAAUCUGACGCUUCAAUUCACUUUGUCCCUGCCAUACGCGUAGCCGACGACUCUUUCUCUCGGAGCGCUCACGUUCAGCCUCCGCCAGGGCGACGACGACAAGAGCCGUCACAACGGCGCGCCCACUUUACACGUUUCCAAUAGACACGCCUUCUAGAAAAUUACUCGCAUAGCGUCAAGGGAAUCGAUCCAUCGCGUCUCCUCCUCGACGACACAGAGGCCGCGCGCAACGAGCCCCGGCUUCAGCAGGUUUCCGCCCAACAACCGCCAGGAUUCAGCAGGUUUGCCUGACAAUAACCGCCAGUCCCCUCGCGCGUCAUCUCGUCCCGUCUCGUCUCCUCUGGUCAGCGCAUGAAGAGUCUCUUAAACUCGUCUCUGAUGCCCCGUUGCCGCCGCUGAAGCUUUCAUCUUCUUCUCAACGCAGCCUACCCAUCACCCGACCCGACCCUGGAUCCUCGGGCCCCGGACCGGACCAUCAACAUCUACAGCCUCAAAGCUGAACUCACUUCCACCAUCUGUAUACUAAACCACAUAGACACCAAACAUCAACGACUGCCCGCCUCACAAGCACCACCACCGCCAUGGACGAAGACUCCUCCCCCAGCGCCAUCACGCCCGUCGUGCACACCCCGCGGCACCCCUCCGCCCUCGCCGCGCGCUUCGUCGCGCGCCUGCGCUCCCUGCGGCGGGCGUUCACGACGCGCGACGGCCUCGUGGGCGACUACGACUACGCGUUCCUCUUCCGGCCGAACCUGCCCUUCAUGAACCGCGGGGGCAAGCGGCCGACGAGCAGCCCCUUCUUCGGCGUCAACGACCGCAUGCCCGUGUUCCUGGCCAUGCUGCUGGGCCUGCAGCACGCGCUGGCCAUGCUCGCGGGCGUCAUCACGCCGCCCAUCAUCCUGAGCGGGAGCGGCGGCGCGAACCUCUCGGGCGCGGACCAGCAGUACCUGGUGUCGACGGCGCUGAUUGUGUCGGGGAUCCUGUCGGCGGUGCAGAUUAACCGCGUGCGCGUCCCCAAGACAAAGUAUGUGCGGGGGUGCUUCGACCGAGUUCUUUCCUGCCUCUCACUUACAGCAUGUCCACUCUCAUCACCACCAUGACCCCUCCCCACUUGCACCAUCUACACUCUCGCCGCGGCCCUCACUUACCACACCCCCCCCUCUCUUCCAAUGUCCACUGUGUCUAGUAUCUUCUGUCCGCUGACAACACCCAGCUACUUCAUCGGCACCGGCGUCCUCUCCGUCGUCGGCAUCUCCUUCUCCACCAUCCCCAUCGCCCUCGGCGCCUUCCGGCAAAUGUACGCCAACGGCUUCUGCCCGUCCGACCCGUCCACCGGCGCGCCCCUCCCCUGCCCGCACGGCUACGGCGCCGUCCUCGGCACCUCGUCCGUCUGCGCCCUCGUCGAGAUCCUCAUCUCCUUCCUCCCGCCACGCGUCCUCCUCAACAUGUUCCCCCCCAUCGUCACGGGCCCGACCGUCAUGCUCAUCGGCGUGCACCUCAUCGAGAGCGGCUUCAAGGACUGGAUGGGCGGCAGCGGGUCGUGCGCCGACCCGGCGUCCGCGGGCGGGGAGGCCGCCGCCGCGUUCUUCGCCCUGUGUCCCAACGUCGAGGCGCCGCACGCGCUCGCUUGGGGGUCGGCUGAGUUUCUGGGUCUGGGCUUCUCCGCCUUUAUCACCAUUGUGCUGUGCGAGCGCUUCGGCUCCCCCAUCAUGAAGUCCACGUCGGUCGUCAUCGGCCUGCUCGUCGGGUGCAUCAUCGCCGCCGCGACGGGCUACUUUGACGCCGCGGGCAUCGACUCGGCCCCCGUCGCGUCCUUCAUCUGGGUGCGCACUUUUCCCCUCACCGUCUACGGCCCGCUCGUCCUCCCGCUCAUGGCCGUCUACGUCAUCUGCGCGACCGAGGCCGUCGGCGACAUCACCGCCACGUGCGACCUCUCGCGCCUCGAGGUCGAGGGCCGGACCUACGAGUCGCGCAUCCAGGGCGGCCUGCUCGCCGACGGGCUCAACUGCAUCGUCGCCGCCCUCAUGACCAUGACGCCCAUGAGCCGCUUCGCCCAGAACAACGGCGUCAUCGCCCUCACCCGCUGCGCCAACCGCACCGCCGGCAUCGCCUGCUGCUUCUUCCUCAUCGUCAUGGGCGUCUUUGCCAAGUUCGCCGCCGCCCUCGUCGCCAUCCCCAAGCCCGUCCUCGGCGGCAUGACCACCUUCCUCUUCGCCGCCGUCGCCGUCGCCGGCAUGGCCAUUGUCGUCCGCGGGGCCGCCUUUGACCGUCGCACCCGCUUCAUCCUCACCACGGGGCUGUCGCUCGGCUACGGCGCCACCCUCGUGCCCAAGUACUUUGACCACGUCUUCACCUACAAGGGCGACAACCACGCCCUGCAGGGCUUCCUCAGCGCCAUCAUCCUCGUCAUGGAGACGGGCUUCGCCGUCACCGCCGUCGUCUGCAUGCUGCUCAACCUCAUCCUGCCGCCCGAGAUGGAGGACGACAUUGACGCCCGCAACGUCGAGCUCGUCGAGCGCGACGCCAAGGCCAUCGGGGGCAAGGCCGACGCCGACGACGCCGAGACGGAUGCGACGUCCGCCCGGCGCCUGUCCGACAUUAGGUAGGUGGUGGGUAGGUUAUUUAGAUGGGCAGGCGGUAAUGGAUCAUCUGAAGCCAGAGAGAGAGAGAGAGAGAGAGAGAGAGCUGGGCUGCUGGACCAAGAUCCAUGACGAGAGCGGAAGACGGGACGGGCAAAGAGCGAAAGAAAAGGGGCAGACAGUGAAGGAACGAGAAAGAGACCGGGGCAGGGGGAGAGGUCCCAUGACUGACCGGGGGCCUCUUCACAUCCCCAACGAGACGAUACGCACGACUGACUGACUGACUGACCGGCUGAAUACUCCUUUUUGUACAUACCACCCAAGACACACACACACACACACACACGCUUAUUGAUUUUGACCCCGGCCCGCCGCGUUUUUUUU